UUUCAUUGGCCGAUGCUGAGCCGGAAGCGCUCGGUCCGGCGCCCUUAGUCCUCCGGGUGUCAUCCAGCAUGGCGGCGCCGGCCUGCAGGUCUGUGGUCUUCGUGACUGGAAACGCGAAGAAGCUCGAAGAGGUCGUUCAGAUCCUGGGAGACAAGUUCCCCCUCAAACUAGUGUCCCGGAAGAUUGACUUGCCGGAGUACCAGGGGGAGCCAGAUGAGAUCUCCAUUCAGAAGUGUAAGGAGGCUGCACGGCAGGUGGACGGGCCGGUGGUGGUGGAAGACACCUGUCUGUGCUUCAGGGCUCUGGGCGGCCUGCCUGGUCCUUACAUAAAAUGGUUCCUGGAUAAACUCCAGCCGGAAGGCUUGUACAAACUGCUGGCCGGCUUUGAGGAUAAGUCUGCGUGGGCUCUGUGCACGUUUGCGUUCUGCGCUGGGAGAGAUGAACCGGUGCAGCUGUUCAGGGGGAAAACGGAGGGACGCAUUGUGGAACCCCGAGGACCACGGGACUUUGGAUGGGAUCCGUGUUUCCAGCCGGAGGGAUAUGACAAAACCUACGCUGAACUGCCCAAAGAGGUGAAGAACACCAUCUCGCACCGGUACCGGGCGCUCGCCGCCAUGUCGGAGCACUUCUGCCUGAGCGAGGGCCGCUCCCCUCGGGACGAGAGGACGAAGCAGCAGGACGAGUAGUCCUUUCAGCUUGUAAUGAAUCAAACCUCAAGGUGACAACGCAGAGGAUGAUGAACCUCUGGUUAUUGAGCUGCUGAUGUUUAUUUUUCAAUAAACCGAUUUGUGUUUGUCAUUUUGUGUUAUCAAAGAUGAAUUACACCCAAUGUAAGAAACCCUGAAUAGAAAUAUGUGCAUGAGGAGGAUUUGUGCUGUUAUGGAUGCCAGGAAACCGCCGUGUGAAGUCACUUUGGGGAUUAAAGCACAUGUGAUAACUGA